AUGGAAACAAACAAGAGUCAAAACGGGGCUCACGCCCAGCAAGCAGCUAUCGUAGCAAGCGCUGAGAUGAAGAGGGCACAAGCGCUGGAACACCUUGAUAAGCUUACCAGAGAGCUGCAUGAGUUUGUUAAGUCUAAAGUCAACAUCCACAAAGAGAUCAAGACGAAGACAACCGGUGUAGUCAACGCCCUUCAAAGGUUCAGAACACUUGAUGACGGAUGGCAGGCACAACAACGGCAAACUCCCAAUGUCACACCGAAGAAGAGCAGACAACCUGCCGCAGACACCGUCGAAGAGAUGGACACCGGUGCCGAAGGCGAUGGUGAAUCUCUAACAGAAGACAGAAGCGACACUGGUGUCAGGUCUGGGAAGAGGGAAGACCGUAACUCUCCUGACCCAACGGUCAACCAAGUAAUGAAGAAAAAGGACACAAAACCAAGUCCUCCGAAAGAAGUGGCGGCACGGAGUGCCAAAAAUAAGGAGGUCGACGCGUGGCAAAAAGUAGAAUCGAAGAAGAGAAGGCCGGAGCAGGAUCACCUCCCAAAGCAAUUGCCGAAGGAGCCACGACCGGAACCUAAGCGGAAAAAAUCGCGCAAAUGGAUCAGACCUGACGCGCUGAUAAUCCGCCCUGCCGAAAAAGAGAAGUAUUCCGAGAUAUUGCGCCGCAUAAAGCGUGAUGUCCCAGCAGACCAGGUUCGAAAUACCGUCGAGAAGGACCAUCACAGGAAUUCUUCAAGACGAUGCUAAGGUAGUCUGUAAAGGUCCACAGGAGACCAUUGAGAUUCGAGACAUCGACGAAGAAACGACGAAGGAAGAGAUCCAGGCCGCCCUGAAAGAGGAAGUUGGAAAAGAUCAUGAGAUACCUCUAGAAGGAAUAAAAAUCCGUAAGGCUUUCAGAGGUACGCAGACGGCUGCAGUCACUUUACCUAUGACCAUCGCGCGAAAAUUAGUGGAAGGAACCGGCAAGAUCCAUGUCGGGUGGGU